CAGCUUCACUUCAUUUUGUAGGCAACAGUUUAUUUGGUGAUCGGUUAGGUUUUAAAUUUGUUUUUGAUAGAUUGUGUUUGUUUGUUGUGUUUUCUUUGAUGAAAUGCCGCGAAAAAUUAUGAAGACGCCGCUGAACACGGCGAAGAAGCGUGCCUCCAUAUUUAAACAUAUUCAACAAGACUUAGGCGAAGAAUCGGCCACGGACGAGAGUGAUUUUCACUCAGUGUCGACUGAUAACGGUGUCACAAACUAUGGCUUAGAAUAUACUAGUCGGACGUUGAGAUCAGCAGAAAAGUCAAAAAGCACAUCUCCCGCGAAAAAGUCUAAUAAACAAACCCCCCAACCAGCCAGACGAGGCGAAACGAGUAGGAGUUCAGGAGCCCGCGACAAGACACAACCCUCGACGAGCGGCAUCAGGACUCCGAGGAAAGCGCCGGCAACGAGCGCUGCCGCCAAUCAGAGCCAGAAAAGUCCUUCUUGGGAACAGUCACAGCAGCGACGGACUCCUAGAGUGAAAGAGACUGGCAAAUCAACAGCACCGUCGCGACCUGGGCCGUCUCGGGAGGCGGCGACGGGUAGUAAAAAACGCAAGGGAAAAAGUCCGCGGAGGAAGAAUCAUAUCCUGAAGGAAAUCCGUCAAUUGCAGACAAGAUGUGACACUUUGGUGCCAAAGUUGCCGUUUUCACGCGUUAUCCGAGAAGCUAUGAGUUAUGUGACUGACACCCAGCUCAGAAUAACAUUUGACGCAUUGCGAGCAUUGCAAGAAGCUGCCGAAAUCUACCUAACCCAAUUGUUCUCUGAUGCAUAUCGGUGUACGCUGCACCGAAGCCGAGUUACCUUGAUGGUAAAGGAUAUGGAGCUUGUGCGCUAUCUACGAGGUCCUCUCGACCCUGGGAACUUCCGACGAAAUUAGCUGCCAAUUAGAUUAAGUUAGUAUAAGUUCAUGAGUGUUAAAAUAGGUUCCAUUGAUGGAAUUUGUGGCUCCGGGUGUAUUUAGUAUUCAUUUUAUUUCAAGACGUUCUGUGCCUGCCACCAUGAGAUUGCUUGCGGAUGAGACUUUGUUAUUCAUUUAGUUUACUUCGAUUAGUAAGUUGAAAAGAAAAGUAAAUAAUUUUGAAGCUAA